AUGGCGUACCGGGCGCUUCGAAAUUAUGGCACAGCUUCGCCUGUGAGCUUUAUCAAUCGGCAACACCGAGUUGCUAUUGUUGGAGGUGGUGCGGCUGGCCUAUCAAUCAGUCACCAACUUCUUCGGUCCGGGAAUUUUACCAAGGACGAUAUCGCAGUCAUUGAUCCGUCAACAAACCAUGACUACCAGCCUGGGUGGACUCUCGUUGGCGGUGGUUUGAAACACAAGGACGAUCUCCGCAAAUCAUUAGUUGGACUGCUCGACCAAAAAAUCAAAUUUUACAACGAACCAGUCCGCACAUUUUUCCCGGAAGACAACUCAAUCACCUUGGGCGACGGUGUUAAAAUUAACUACGAGCAGCUUGUCGUCGUUCCAGGUAUCAAGAUCAACUAUGACAGCAUUCAGGGACUGCCUGAGGCUCUUUCCAACCCAGAUUCCUUUGUAUCGACUAUCUACAGCUAUGAUACCUGCGACAAAGUCUUCAAAGCGGUCCAAAAGCUUCAAAGAGGCAACGCAAUUUUCACUCAACCAACGGGCAUUAUAAAGUGUGCGGGAGCACCGCAGAAAGCAAUGUGGCUAGCCUUGGAUUACUGGAAGCGAGCAGGCCUUUACAACCCCUCGAAUCCAUCAGGAUCUCCAAUCAACAUAAGCUUUGCAACAGGUUUACCAUCAAUGUUUGGAGUACCUAAAUAUAGCGCCAAGUUGGAAGAGCUUCGCCAACAACGAGGCGUCGAAGGGUUAUUCCAGCAUGACCUGGUUGCCAUCAGUGGUAACACGGCAGUGUUUUCUGGUCCUGGUGAGAGUUCUCUGGCGAGCGAUGCAGGGUUUGUGGAUGUUGACGAGUGCACUACUCGCCACACCAAGUACCACAACGUCUGGUCUAUUGGAGAUGCAUCCAAUUUACCGACUUCAAAGACUACGGCCGCAAUUACCUCCCAAGCACCAGUUCUCGUGGAAAAUCUGCUUCUCGCAUUGGAGGGUAAAUUGGCUCAAGCAACCUACGAUGGAUACACAUCUUGCCCGCUGAUAACCGAGUACGGCAAGGUCCUUCUUGCUGAGUUCAAGUACGGCGGAGUGCCAAAGGAGACAUUUGCCAUGCUUGGAAUUGACCAAGCCUCACCUCGACGUGCUUUCUAUCAUUUGAAAAAGGAUUUCUUCUCGUGGGUUUACUACAAAGCCAUGGUCAAAGGCACCUGGGGUGGACCUAGAGGUUGGAUUCGCAAGUAG